UUUAUCCUUCCGGAGGGUUUUCAGGUUACUCCACUGUCUGCUUAGCAAAACUACUUUGGCUGUGCUGUCCACUUCUUUGUAGGAAAGGAACAUCAAUUUAAAGUGAGCUUCUCUACCUCAAUUGCUACGAUAUGGCGGGAAACUUCUGGCAAAGUUCUCAUUAUCUGCAAUGGGUUCUGGACAAGCAGGACCUGAUGAAAGAGCGCCAGAAGGAUCUGAAGUUUCUUUCAGAAGAGGAGUACUGGAAGCUGCAGAUUUUCUUUGCUAAUGUGAUCCAGGCUUUGGGGGAACACCUGAAGCUCCGACAGCAGGUCAUUGCUACUGCAACUGUCUACUUCAAACGCUUCUAUGCCAGGUAUUCCCUGAAAAGUAUAGAUCCGGUCCUCAUGGCUCCGACCUGUGUUUUCCUGGCUUCUAAAGUUGAGGAAUUUGGUGUUGUGUCCAAUACCAGACUGAUCUCUGCAGCAACAUCUGUGUUGAAAACAAGGUUUUCCUAUGCCUUUCCAAAGGAGUUCCCUUACAGAAUGAAUCAUAUAUUAGAAUGUGAGUUCUACCUCCUGGAGUUGAUGGACUGCUGCCUGAUAGUGUACCACCCCUACAGACCACUGUUGCAGUAUGUGCAGGAUAUGGGACAGGAGGACAUGCUGCUGCCCCUGGCCUGGCGAAUAGUGAAUGACACAUACAGGACAGAUCUGUGUCUGCUCUACCCUCCUUUCAUGAUUGCCUUGGCUUGUUUGCAUGUCGCCUGUGUGGUACAGCAGAAAGAUGCCAGGCAGUGGUUUGCAGAGCUCUCUGUUGACAUGGACAAAAUCCUGGAGAUUAUCCGAGUCAUUCUGAAGCUCUACGACCAGUGGAAAAACUUUGAUGACAGAAAGGAGAUAGCUGCCGUGCUAAACAAGAUGCCUAAGCCCAAACCUCCUCCUAACAGUGAGAGCGACCAGAGCUCCAAUGGGAACCAAAGCAACUCCUACAGCCAGUCUUAGCGUGGCGUCUCUAUUUCCAUGGGUAUCCAUAAUGUUGAUGUAGAGAGGGGCGGAUCUUUUUUAAAUGUCACACAGCACGACCUUUGUGGUGUCAGCUGAAAAAAAAAAAAAUCACAUUUCAGCCGACCAAGCUGCCCUUUGGCUUCGACAGACACCCCCAACAAACUCUUGAGAGCCAUGUCUUCACUUUCCCUGUCUCUGAUCAUUAUGGGUUUAUGGACUGAGCGAGCGGCCACUGAAAUCCCUGCAGUGAAGAGACCAUUGGUGACAGCAGUUUUGUCAUCUCGAUGAGGCUCUGUACUCUGCUCCAGACUUGAAAUGAACUAAAACUGAGGAACAUUUGGGGGGAAAGAGGGGGAAACUGAUAGAACACGUGAUUGUUCAGUAGAAACCUGUUUUAAUGUCAUUGCGAUGAUCCUGACAUCCUUGAACAGCCCAGAGGAGCCAGUCCUUUCGUGUGGAGCUCCAUGGGAUUGGAGAAAACUUUAUCACAAGUACUGUGUGUGUGUGGGUGUGUGUGCGUGCGUGUGUGUACACAACAUGUGAGUGGCCAGUCUGGGUGGGUUUUCAUUCCUCAGGGAUCUUUUCUGUUAAACGAUAUGAUCCUGUGCUGUUAGAGAGUGGAUCUCAUUUCAUAUCACCCUGUGCAACUGUGAUGUGAUUGGAUAACCCCUGCCCUGUGAGGUCUGUGCUGGUUGAUCAUGAACCUUGGCAGGAAAAAUCCCAAGAGAGGCUCCUCUUUAUGUUAGAAAUUAACUCUUUGAAUAAAAGAAUUUACUGUUUUGAAUCAUGACAACUCCACCUCCUCCCUCCCAUUCCCGCUUCCCUUUUGUACAUAGCCUUACAUUUCCAUUCAUGUAUUCAUGUCUUUUCUCAAUUAAGGAAACUUAAUGGAAAUCAUGUGCUGGUUUCGCUUUCAUACUUGUGCUUCAGAUGAAAGUGCCCGUUUGUUUCGCUGUCAUGAUUCUGUUUGCCUGCUGCAAAGCUUAUUCUUCAUUUUAUUGGCAUUCUUUUUUUCAUUUAUUCUGCUUUAGUUGUAAAAUUGUAUUGUCUAAAGGUGUUUUUUGUAAAAUGUUUGUUUUUAAGUUGUCAAGGAAAGGCUAAUUUAGCGUAAACGCAAAUUCCAGUCGUUCUAGAUUUGUCUGCAAAGUUUUGGUUGUACAUUCUUCUUUUUAAUCUACCUUCUACCAUCUAUGUAAUCACAGAAUUGUGGCAAUAUGUGUGCAUAUACCUGUUAGAUGUGUCUAUAUUUUUGUGAUGUAAUACAGUGGGAGGGGUGUGUGGCUGUACUCAAAACAAGGUGCUUGAAAGCCUUACAAAAUAAAAGCUGCUGGUUACAGAGGAAACCCUUCAUAAAAGCACAUUGUCCCAUUCAAGCGGACUGUAAAAUGUAUUUUAGGGGUGGAUUUUGUUGCACUGCUUGGAUGCAUCUUUCUCAAUGGCUUCCUGUACACCAAAUUUGUCAUUAUUGGAAAAACAAAGGUACAAAAACAUGGUGGCCACUUGCACGUCACUUUCUCAUACUGAGUAAUAGAGACACAAGUGAGAUGGAGAAGCCACUGAGGCAAGUUCGAUGCAGCCCCUGUCUUCUUUGCCUUCUGGCGUUUUCCUCUCCUUCAGCAGGCUCCAUCUGUUCCAUGACUGUUCACAUGAACGGGCGUGAAAAUAAAAGGGCUUCACCCCACUUAAAUAUUCCUACUAGUUCUGGUAAGAACAUUUCCCAAUAUUGUUUUAUUACUUGAAAGUCUCAUUUAUGGAGAAAUAAAAUGUAUGGUGUGCAAAACAAA